CACCCAGGAAGAUCAAGAGAGAAAGAAAUAACGACAACUCCACAGUCCCCACCUUAACAUCGAAAUGCAACCUGGAAGCCAUUGUUAGAAAACGAUUAAACAAUUUUUUUCUUCUUUUCUUCUUUAAAAGGCAAAAUCAAAGAAAACAGAUGCGGUUUUGAAAGCGUGAGAGUGUUGAAGUUUGAUUUGACAAAACGUGGUAUGGGAGAGAAGUAGUAAACAGGUGUUGUAGAGAAGAAGAAGAGAAGAGAAGAGGGGGGGGAUCGGGGGAAGUCCAUAAACCAACAACAACAUGAUGGCGCUGAGGAAAGUGCACAUACCUGCUAUAUUGGGUAGUCGCGAUGAGAAGGAUGACGGAGAAGGGUUGCAAAGUGACGCAGUGACGGGGAAACUUCUCAGCGCUUAUCGCCGCGCCUGUUUCGCUUAUCGGGCCGACACGACUCCACCAGACUGGUUCACUUCAAAGGAUGACAGCGAGGCGAUCGUAACUCCACUCGAUCGCCGCGCCGCGCGGUGGAUCACUCCAAAAAAGACGGCGGGCACUUGGACCAGCCUCGGUGUGUCACAGUGCGCGCGCGCAAGCGCGAUGCAACAAGCGAACCUGACGGUCGGUGGAGGGGCUGCUCGCGUCAAGCAUCGAUUGAUCAACUUUAAUUCGGGUUUCUUCACCGCGAUGAAUUGUCCAUAG